AUGGAUCCAUACGGCUCGCAUUUCUUCACACGAGCCUUUCCGGACCCUACCAAGCCUCGUCGGAAGAGAGUGGAUAUCGUGACCCUCAUUCCGUUCAGGACAUUCAAUAAAAGGCGAAAGAAGAAGCAUAGCACCUCAGGGUCCAACGUUCGUAUAAAGCGAGAUUGCCAUCCUGGACUUGCUUUUUCGCUUGCUACUAUCACCACAUAUCGAGGCGUGAUGCUGCUGGGGCUACAUGUUGCGCUGCUGGCGCAACUGGCCUGGCUAUGGUAUCCGCGCGUAGCUCAAGCUCAAUUCGCGCAAGACUACGAAGUUGAUACCACUCGUCCCAAUUCCUACCUCUAUCGUCCGCUGCCUGGAUUACCUCCCUACCCCGUUCUCAACACAGGCGCCAGCACCGUCUAUUUACAGUACAACUGUUACUACAUGAUAGAAAUCUGUGUAAAUGCACGGAGGUUUCUGGCAUCCCAGCGAGGCCGAAAUUUGCACGCUGCAAGCGGAAUCAGCAACAGCAUCUUCGGUUAUGAUCUGGACACAGGUAAAGACGAACCCAAGAGCCAUCAAGCCUGGCGCCGUGAUGCUUCCUGCCCUAGCUCAUGGAAAAACAAUCAUGCAUGCCCCGAGCCGGACCAAAGCAAACCAUGGAAGACCCAAGGGGAAUGGUUUACCGAUCUACUGGAGCCAGGAACCAGUGUGAAUGCCAUCAUGAACGGUCCCAUCCAUAAUUCCGAUAUCCGGUACUCGUGCGACGAGUUUCCACCUGCAACAUGGGUGGAAGGCGGUGAAGGACUUAACGGAAACGGCCCCUCUCACACGAGAUGUGCUGCUAUUAGCUGCGAAGGUGCCACUGGCACUAAAGCGGAACAGAAUUGGCAGGGACUGGCGCACGGAGUACUACGUCAACAGCUCGAGAGCUUGACUGACGGUCUCAACGAUCCCCAUUUCCAAGCCCACAGGUCUAUCAUCUUUUUCAGAUUCUCUUACAACGACGAUGGGGCAGAUGCAACUCCCGCUCGCAUUACCGUCACCAACCAUGCCGGUAAUUCUGAUGACGACGAGGAUAUGUAUUUCGUAGAGAUGAGAAAACGCAGCACGCGGACGAAUUCUACGCUUACAGGCCCCGGACUUAGCGCCGAGGAGCUCAGAGCAUACGUACGAGCCGGCAAGGCUUACGAGACGUUAAUCCACGAUAACUCUACGAUCACUCAACCAGAUUCAGCACUUGCGAACAAAUUUCUGCGCCGUGCCCUGCAAGCCCGCGCCCUCGCUGACAUGGAACUGGACAGUACUGGGCUCAACUCGAGCUCGAGCAUCGGGUCUGCUGGUGUUGGCGCUGAUGCGGCGCUUGGCACGCGGGAGAUGGCGAUCAAGCGCGGAUCGCUGCAAUACCCGCAAGCGGUUCGAAACAGUACCACGGCUGAAAUCCGCAACAUCACGUCGUCAGCUCUGGAAGCGGCUCGUGAGCUCGUCAAAAACGCUCGCGCCGAGGCUGCUAAGCGAAACGCUGCCCGCGUAGCAAAUCCCCUCCGCAAUAAAUACCUUUACGGCCGCGGGAACAGCAACGGUCGGCGAGGCGAGUCGGCUGCUCUAACCACGACGGCGCCACCACCUCUUCUCCUCAUUACCGAUGAGAUUGCUGCUGCUGCCGCAUUGGUUGCUGAGGCCGAUGUCAAGCCCAACGCCAACGUAACUAGACGCGCAGCCACGGCGGGCAAGGGUGCGUUUUGGAUGCAAGACAUUGCGCGCAAGGGUACUGUACCAUGGGGAGAUGAUCCUAAAUACGAUUGCACCAUUAACCAAAGAAUUAUAAAGGUCGUGUUUAGAAAUGUCAUGGACUACGGCGCUGUUGGCGACGGCUCUUCGGACGACACCAAGGCUAUCAACAAGGCCAUGGGCACCAACAGCACGCGGUGCGACCGUGGCUGCAACGGAUCGACUAUCAAGAACGCUAUUGUCUACUUUCCGCCCGGCAACUACCUCGUCUCCAGCACUCUGGCUAUGCCCUUUGGCACGCAGAUCAUCGGUGACGCCAACAAUCGCCCUACCCUCGUGGCCGCCCCCAACUUUGUGGGCCUCGGCGUCCUGUCCACGGAUGAGUACACUGGUGCUCCCGGGCCAGGAAUCGACGGCAAGGAUCCAGAAUACUUUGUCAACACGGCAAACUUUUACCGCCAGAUCCGCAACAUCCGCAUCGACAUUCGCAGCAUCGACAAGGGAGAUGUCAUUACUGGCAUUCAUUACCAGGUCGCGCAGGCGACCAGCACGCAAGACGUUGAGAUCGUGGCCAAGCGUGGCUCCAAGCAGAUUGGCAUGUAUGCUGAAAAUGGCAGCGGCGGCAGUAUCACGGAUAUCUCCUUUGUUGGUGGUAGCAUCGGCCUCAAGGCUGGUAGCCAGCAGUUCACCGCACAACGCCUGGAUUUUGACAACUGCGAUGUCGGCAUCCAGGUCAUCUGGGACUGGGGCUGGGUAUGGAAGUCAAUCCACAUGAAGAAUGUCGGCACCGGCUUUAAGCUGGUUGGCGAUGACGGCGUGGGCAACAUUGGCUCCGUCUCCAUCAUGGACUCCUCCUUCAGCGGCGCCGACAAGGCCAUCGUUAUCAACCCCAUCAAGGAAGCGGUUGGUGCGGGCAGCACUGGUAUCUCGCUUGAGAAUGUUGCCUUUGACGGCGUCGGCGUAGCCGUCAGCGACGUAUCCGGAACCACGCUGCUGGCUGCAUCUUCGAAGGUCGACCAGUGGGUUGUUGGUCCUGUCUAUGAGGGCUCGGCGGAGAAACGCACUUUCACUAAGGGCAGUAAAGUCGGCGAGUACAAGAGACACCCAACGCUGCUGGACAACUCUGGCAACUACUUUGAGCGUGCCAGACCACAGUACGCCGAUGUGCCAGCCUCGGCAUUCGUGCACACCAAAGACCUAGGCUGCAAGGGCGACGGCGUCACCGACGACACGGCGGCCUUCCAAAGAGCUGUUGGAGCCAGCACGGGCAGCAUUCUCUUUAUCGACGCCGGAACGUACAUCCUGACUUCGACCGUCACGAUUCCCCCCGGAGCCAAGAUUGUUGGAGAAACCUGGUCUCAGCUAGCCGCGUCUGGCCCCUUCUUUUCCGAUGCCAGUAACCCCAGGCCCAUGCUUCGCGUCGGCCACGUCGGCGAGGUGGGAGACGUGGAAAUGCAGGACUUGAUUUUCACCACGCAAGGCCCAACAGCAGGCGCGAUCCUCCUCGAAUGGAACAUCAAGGCCGCAAAGCCCGGCUCCGCUGGCCUCUGGGACUGCCAUGCCCGUGUCGGAGGCGCUCUGGGCACGAAGCUAACUCCCAAGGAGUGCCCUCCUUCAACGAGCGGCGUCAACUCGGGAUGCUCUGCGGCCAGCUUGAUGAUGCACUUGACCAAGGAGGCUUCGGGCUACUUUGAGAAUAUGUGGCUAUGGGGUGCCGAUCACAUGAUUGAGUUAUAUGCUACUGCCUCCGAGCAUGGCGUCUUCUACCAGUACAACUUCCACAACGCAGCCAACAUUUACGCUGGCAUGAUCCAGACCGAGUCGCCAUACUAUCAGCCCAACCCUAAGCCGCCGGCUCCAUUCACAGACGUGGUGGGCAAGAUGGUCGGUGACCCCAAGUACGAUUGUGCCACCAACGACCCCUUCAACGGCUGCGAUGAGUCUUGGUCCACCAUCGUGACGGGUUCCGAGAACAUCUUCAUCGCCGCCGCCGGCCUCUACUCGUGGUUUUCCACGUACAGUCAGUCCUGCAUUGACACGCAGGAGUGCCAAAAGUCGCUCCUGCUGCUCAAUGACAACGGCGCUAACGUCCGCAUCACCAACCUGGUUACCAUCGGCGCCAAGUACAUGGCAGUCAUGGGGGGUAAGGGCAUCGCCGCCGCCGACAACCUCAACGUCAAGGUACAUCCCAGCUGGUCGCAUAUCAGCGUGCUGGAUGUGGGCAAGGACGGCCACACCAACUUUAACGAGUACAUUUGGGUUGAUCCCAAAAUCUGGGACAUGGACCAGCCCCAGUUUACCUGCAUCCCGCCGUGCCGAGCCAAGAUACCGCCUUGGAAGGGUGCUACUAGCACUGUCAACUAUCCUUUGGUUACGGUUAGUGAUGGAUCCUGGACCAGCACAAUUACGCAGCCUCCUAUUACUAUCUCCGAGUGGGUGUUCGAAGCUGUCACCAUCUCGGCGGAACAGAAGAAGCGCGCCUUGGGCGACACCGUCAGCCUGCAGCCCAUGCUAGCGACGACUCCCUUAUGGCCUGCCUUUCGCUAUCGCGGCGCCAACGGUGCUACCUCCACGACGAGGGCUUCAGCUCCUUUCCCAACGCCUCCGUCGCACAUAUGGGGUGACGAUGCGCCAGUGCCGCCCGAGGGAAGCUGGCCAAAUGGACACCACAUCAACGCCGUUCUUGGAGAACAGGAUUUCCCCAUGGUGCCUCUUUGCUUUUAUAGAGAUUUUGACGACAAAUGCAUGGACAAAUAUUACGGUAUUGGAGGCUCUCGCGAAGGCGUGCAAGACACGUAUGACGAAGAAAACAUUUUCGAUCGUACAGCGUGCCCGCGGGCCACCACCACCACCAGUACCACGCUUAGCACGUCCACCAGGAAGCCGCAACCUACCACGUCUAUGUACGAGCAGGGCCAUGCUAGCAGUAACAAAGGCCACUGCUAUAACAAGGGCUAUGUGGUACACCGAGACCGCAUGGUGUAUGCCAUUGAGAGCUACUGCGAGGCAGUCUCUAAGGAGCUUCUCAUCCCUGGCUUCUUCGACGAGGAGUCGUACUCCGUUACUAACAAGGGUGUCUUUGGAACAUAUUGGAUGAAGAUUAACAUCUCCCUCGAGGUCAAAGAAGGCUGCAGCUUCGGUACGUAUCACAUAACAGACCCGUCAGAUCUAAAACGCGCCAAUGGCUACGAUAUCGCGCACUUUGACGAAGAACUCUGUGAGUACUACUUGACGCGGAUUGCAGAUGGUUGUAACUGUCGCGGCGUGGAUGGCAAACAGGGCGGUUACUUGGAAAAUGACUGCUAUAGGUGGAGGAUGGAUCCUCAGCGGCUCGGCCGCAUAGACUCGGCCCUACGUUUUGCCGCCCCCAGCAGGAAAUCCUCCACCCACGACAAGCUGCGGAGCGAUGGGCAAAGAGUAUUAUUCUCUGCGGACUUUAAACGGCUCUGCUGGCCUCUCAGUGGCACGUUCCCAACCGCGCUGUCUGUUAUGAAGACCAUGCGUGGUGCCUUGCAAGAAAUGGAGCCCCUGCAGCGCGAAAAUGGAAUUUGGCAUGAAAUUGCGUUUCUACCGCUAACGCAACCGAAGGUCUCGUCUAUCAAUGCUUAUAUUCCUAUGUUGGAUGAGUAUGAGGGGAACUGGGUGGCGUGGCAUAGGGACCACGAGGCAGCCGAGUAUGUGGCAAAUUGGAACUUGGAUGACCAUACGCGGCCGUAUGGCGAGCAAGAAGAAAAUUGCACUUCAGAAACAGACUCAUUUAUAGGUUAUAUCGCGAGCUGCUGUGGCCAGGAUAGACCGGAGUAUAAAGCCGGUCUAACUAUGCAGGUAAAGCCGGCUGCUGGCAAGGAAUUUGUUACGAUAUAUGACUACCUAUCUGUGGUACAUCCGUGGAUAAUGAGUCUCCGCGAGGAUAUUAUACAAGCUAUGACUGUUAGGGGAGACGGAACGAACAUUACACUUGAGUCCGCGCGCGCUAUGAACUGGAAGAUUUCCAUGAGGGUAGAAGAAGGUUGCUCCUAG